AAACUAAAUGCUCAAAAUAGUUUAAGUUCUUGGCAUGACCUUCCUCCCAAAAUUGAAACACUCAUGACACAAGCUGUGUAGCAAUAAUACAAUCAUUUCAAACACAAUCCCUUUUUCAUGGAUCCCUCAAUAUUUCCUCUCUCACCCAUUCACUUAACAAACCAUGAUUGAUUAAUUAAUACAUAUAAAACCACAAAUUCAACCCGUUCAUAUUUCCUCUAACCCCUUUCCCCUAAAACCUCCAAAAUCCACCUCCCCCCCUCUCUCUCUCUCACCACAAAUCCACAACACAACAAUGUUAGAUCCAGCUAAUGAUUUGGUUCCACCACCAUCUUCACCCUCCAUCUCUUCCAUUUCUUCCUCUGAUCUUGACACCGAGUCCACAGGAUCAUUUUUUCAUGAUAGAAGCACAACAUUGGGAACUCUAAUGGGAGUGAGUUUUCCAGCCAUUGGAUUCAGAGUCCCAUCACAGCACCGGGAAUCACAUUCUGGCGACGGUGCUGGCGCCGGUGGAUCCAAUAGGAUAACAACUACCAAAAAGAAGAAAAGGACCGCCGCGGCGGUGGUAGCGGCAGAACGGCGACGAAGGUGGUGGCAGCUGUGUAGGGAACGCGAUGCAAGACCUGCGUCACUAGGAGAUUUUUUGGAGGUGGAGCGGCGGUUUGGCGACGGCGCAUUUUACGAUACGGCGGCGGAGCUUGAGGGAAUGGUGGUUGGAAACCAGCAGAGGAACGGUGGGAGGGAGCUUUUUGCUGAUGGAAGGGUUCUUCCGCCGGCGGAAGAUAUUGGCGGCGGAGAAUCGCCGGCAGAGAGUCUUUGUAAUAGGUUUCCGGUGUCGCUUGCCGGAAUAUGCAGCGGCGGUGCAGGGUAGUGCUAGUGAUGUUAUUGAGAUAUUUGGUUGAAUUUUUCAAAUUUUAUGUAUUUUUUUUCAGAAAGAAAGGAAAAUUAAAAUUUUGUCGCUUUAUUUAUUUAUUUUUGUGUUAAUUUUUGGAGUUUGUUUGGUUGUUACUUAAUUUGUAGAUUAAGAUUAUUUUUGUCUGUGGAUUAAGUGCAAAAAAGCAUGUUUUGGCUUUUACCCUUUUUUACUUUUUUGUUUUUCCUUUUUCUUCUUUUGAUGGAAAUAUCAACCAUGUGUGUCCAUGUAUAUGGUGGUGGGUCCACAUUAUGAUCAUAUCAUAUGAUGAAUGGUAAAAAAACACAAAUGAUUAUUGAAAUGA